CCCACCUUGACCAUGGCGGCCGCGAUAUUAUCGAAAAAGCGAUACGAUAAAUUAAUAAAAUACAAUUUAGAAUAUACAAAGGCGUUUUCUAAUAAUAAAUCUUUAAUAGUAAAUAAGCCGCAGCUAAAUAUUGUGUGCAAACAAUGUGUAGCCACAAGUUAUUUCAGGUUUUACUCUUCGAACGCUGCAAAUGCUGCAGGUGGACAGGAUACCGCAAAAAAUGUUUUGGCGGCAGUUUUGGCCAACAAACCGAAAACUGGAAAAAUUCCAGUGGGUAUACAAAAGAGAGACUGCUUUCACCCAGGUGCAUCUGUUUUGUCUCGUGAAGAUAUAAACCUGGGGGAUGCAAAGCCGGUGAGCGGAGUGGACAUGGUUAGAGGGAUGAUGGAGUAUGUCUGGCCAAAAGACAAUGAAAUGAUUAAGAACCGAGUAAAGCUAUCCCUCACACUUCUGUUUGGAGCUAAAGUGAUGAAUGUGACGGUCCCGUUUCUAUUCAAGUAUGCGGUGGACGAGGUGAACCAGUUAACAACCACUCCGGCUGGUGAUGCAUUGCUGGGUAUGGCAACUGUACCGCAAGCGUUGGGGACAACAGCUUUCAGUCUGCUGGUGGGCUAUGGUAUAGCCCGGGCCACAGCAGCAGGUUUCAAUGAGUUGAGGAAUGCCGUGUUUGCAAAGGUCGCCCAACAUUCCAUCAGGAAGCUAGCGUGCAACGUCUUCAUACAUUUACACAACCUGGACUUGAGUUUCCACUUGGGGAGACAGACUGGUGCAUUAUCUAAGACAAUAGAUCGUGGUUCUCGAGCUAUAAACUUCGUUCUAUCUGCGAUGGUGUUUAACGUAGUGCCCACAAUAUUCGAGCUGAUGCUGGUAUCUAGUAUACUGGGACUGAAAGGUGGACUGGCUUUUGCUGGCGUGGCCUUCAGCUGUGUGGGCGUGUACACGGCGUAUACGUUAGCGGUGACGCAGUGGCGUACGCAGUUUCGCGUACUCAUGAACCGAGCUGAGAACGAUGCGGGCAAUAAGGCGGUUGACUCGCUGAUCAACUAUGAGACUGUCAAGUAUUUUAACAACGAAAAAUACGAAGUGGCAAAAUACGACGAGAGCCUCAAGAAGUACGAGGACGCGUCGCUGAAGACCGCGUCCAGCCUCGCCAUGCUGAACUUCGGCCAGCACGCGAUAUUCAGCGCGGGGCUCAGCGUCAUCAUGGUCAUGGCAGCCAAGGAGAUCGCUCAAGGCAACAUGUCCGUCGGCGACCUGGUCAUGGUGAACGGGCUGCUAUUCCAGCUGUCCGUCCCACUGGGCUUCCUCGGCUCGGUGUACCGCGAGGUGCGACAGGCGUUGGUCGAUAUGCAGACCAUGUUCACGCUGAUGACGGUGCGCUCGAGAGUUUCGGAAAAGAUGGCCGCGCCGGCGCUCCACAUCACGCCCACCACCGCCAACAUCGAGUUCCGCGACGUGAGCUUCAAGUACGUGAACGGCAAGCCGAUAUUCAACAACCUGAGCUUCAGCAUACCCGCCGGCAAGAAGAUCGGCAUCGUGGGCGGGUCGGGUAGCGGUAAAUCAACAAUGGUCCGUUUGCUGUACCGAUUCUUCGAGCCACAGUCUGGUCAGAUACUGAUCGGCGGACAGGAUAUCCGAGAAGUGGAUCUACUGAGUCUGAGGAAAGCCAUCGCUAUAGUGCCACAGGACUGCGUGUUGUUCCACGACACGAUCUACCACAACCUGCACUACGGGGACCUCGCCGCCACCGCCGAAGACGUGUACCGCGCCAGCCGCAUGGCCGAGCUGCAUGACUCCGUCGUCACCUGGCCCAAGGGCUACUCAACUCAAGUCGGCGAGCGCGGUCUCAAGUUGUCCGGCGGUGAGAAACAGCGAGUGGCGAUAGCGCGGGCCAUACUGAAAGACUCGCCGAUCGUGGUCUUCGAUGAAGCCACGUCGAGCUUGGACUCGCUUACUGAACACGCGAUUCUCCAAGCGCUCAAAGCGGCGACUGUCGGCAAAACGUCAAUCUGCAUUGCCCACCGACUGUCAACAGUUGCUGACGCGGACGAAGUGUUAGUUUUGGAGCACGGCAACAUCAGCGAAAGAGGCAAUCAUCAUCAGCUCCUAGCCAACCCGCAGUCUCUGUACUCGAGGCUAUGGGCGAAGCAGAACCAGAGUGGUGUACCUACGCCGUAGUUAGGAGAUAGGGCAAAUGACAGCUAGAACUAUGUUGACUUGUUGAUGUUGGAUUGACAAUUUGACACUGAAUUUGCGAUACUGCCAUACCUACAACCGAGUAAACAGAACUAACGAGUAGACCGACUCAAAAGAGAUCUCGAAAAUACGUUUGACGUAGUAUGUCAUAUCGGCCGGCGCGCGCCGAACUAAUGCGUUACUCAGCAUUGUGAAACAUGUCGAAAUUGAUACUAGCGCCCAACUCGCGUAGAUUAGCUCAUUUGUUGGAAGUCGAGGCACUCCUUAGUUCCGUCUACUCUGCCUACAGAGUGUUUUACGGCCAAAAUCAGCACUAAUGCCGCUAAUGCAAAAUAUAACUUUUGUGACAGCUGUUUUACUAUCGUCAAUUAAAAUUUUGCGGGUAAACGAAUUAUAAAAUCGCUGGUGUACUUUUAUGUGCCAGCAAUGAUCUGAUGUAGUCAACGCGCCAAAACAUGCCUACAUGAGUGUUUUGGUGUGCGUUUAUAGUACAGUGUUACAUUAGAUGAAGUUGGAUUAUAAUCACGAUUGUACCGUAUCUUGUACGAUAUUGUGUCUACGAGUAUACAAAUUAAAAAGCGAGACAUGUGUAUAUUAUGUAUUGUUUGCUUUAAUUUCAGAUAUAUAUUUUCCGAACUUUGAACGCCAACUUGCGAACUCUAUAGUUUCGCCUUGACAGUUAAAUCUGUAAAGGGUCAGUCAUACUGUUAAAUGUUAAUAGAAUUUUAUUUUGCUUUAGCAUAUAAUACAGUAAUAGUUCGUGACAUAUUAAACGCCGCCAUGGUCAAAUAGUUAUUGUCAACAAAAAGGAGUAAUAAAACUUGUGAAGACGUGUAAUAGUGCUUUGCAGUUGUGUAAUGACGAUAUAACAUAAUUUCCAAAUGUUAAUAAUUUUAUUUUUGUAAAUAGUUGUUAUUUUUUUAAUAUUGUAAAUUCACAUAUGAAAUAUAUAUUCGUAUGUUCAUGUAUGCUCUUAAAAGUUAAAUUAGAGCCCCCUGUGUGUGAGUACGGCAAAAGGUAUUUUACGGCUGCUGCUUAUAUAAACUUGCGUGCAAAAAAAUCGACCCACCUCUCUCCUUAUGAUUCAA